AUGAAUCAAGAUCAUUAUUGGGUCCACACAUGGACAGCGAUGCCCAUGCUCGCAGAGCCUGACAAACUGCCACCCAAAGAAUUUGUAAGUACAUAUGAUAAACUUGAAUCCAGUGGUCUGCAACUUGAAGGUCUGGAUAUGAAUGACUUACCCGAGAACAAGAUUCGAGAUUCAAUUGCAUUCACCAACGCGACAAUCCGCCAAACAAUCAAGAUCACCCUGGGCACCGAUCGCUUUUUCCGGUUACGCUUCUCUAAUGCGUUUGGGCGCGACAACUUGAAGAUUUCCCAAGCAAGUGUUGCAAUUUCAGCAGAUGAACUGGCCGGAACAAGUCGAAUCCAGGCUCAUACCCUGCGCAAUGUUACUUUCGACGGGGGAUCGGCAAAAACGCACAUCCCUGGUGGUGCACUGGCAGUUUCCGACGCGAUUGACUUUGGAACCCCACUCGCCGCAAACACUAUUCUUAGUAUUAGCUUGUUUUUUGAAGACGGACAGAGCUGUCGGACAGGAAUUACGUGUCAUAACAGUAGUCGGUCUACUUCGUUUUGCGCUUUAGGGAAUGCUGUGUCGAAUUUGGUGCUGGAGGAUUCUUCAGUGCGAGAGUUUGCGCCUUGGUAUUAUAUUUCUGGGGUUGAAGUUUUGAUUCCCCGCCAAAAGAGCACCUUGGCUAUUAUUGGAGAUAGUAUCACGGAUGGGAGAAGUAGCACGCCCCACAGAAAUGAUCGUUGGCCGGAUCUUCUUUUCACUCGUUUACAUGCUGAUCCAGCUACGACUUCGCUCUCAGUCAUAAGCCAGGCAGUCGGCGGAAACCGAAUUUUGGCAGAUGGAACUGGACCAAACGUGUUGAGUCGCCUAGACAGAGAUAUCCUUGCCAUACCGGGCUUGAAAUACGUUGUCAUAUUCGAAGGUGUCAAUGAUAUCGGUGUUGCCGAUGCGAAUGAGGAAAGUCAGAGAGAAAUUGGAGAUCAGUUGAUCGCCGGAUUUCAGCAAAUCGCAACGCGAGUCCAUAAUCACGGGUUGAAGAUCUUUGCUGCUACGAUAACGCCAUUUGGACGUAGAAAGGAUGAUUUUAUUGUGGACGCCGAGGCCGAAGGGCUUACUGGGUACUCACACCCAUUGCGUGAGCAGACGAGACAGAGGAUAAACGAGUGGAUACGGGACAACGAACAAUUUGACGGAGUGGUUGACUUCGAUCAAAUUUUGAGAGACAACGAACAACCAUCAGUCCUAGCGAGUGAGUUUGACUCAGGAGAUCGAUUGCAUCCAAAUCUUGAUGCAUUUCACGCGUUGGCGAAUGGAUUCUCGUUGAAUCUACUUAAAUAG